CUCUGUCAACCUCCACAUUUCCUCAGGAGCUCUCCCUCCAGCCUAGGAAGAUGGACGCCCUCUGCCUCUCUGCAGCCCCUCUCGUCCUCUUGAGCAUCCUGGUGGCUGGCGCCCAAGGAAGCGACACCAGCCGUCCCGUGUUCUGCCUGGAGCCUCCCUACCAGGGGCCCGGUGAGGCCACGAUUCACAGAUUCUUCUUCAACACCAGCUCGGGACUCUGCGAGGACUUCAUGUUUGGCGGUGGCAGAGCAAAGCUGAACAACUUCCUGACCAAGGAAGAGUGCACCAGGGUCUGCAGUGGGCACAGGCCAGCUCUCCAGGCCCAGUACAAGCUCGAGCUCGAGGCCCAGCCUGAACCCGAGGAUGAGAUCAAGGACAUACUGGAGGACAAGAUUGAGGACAGAGACACAGAUGAGAACUCCAAGGACGAUGACGAGGUCGAAGAUGAACCCGAGAUCGAGAUUGAGUACGCGAUAAAUGAUGAAAGCAUGGACGAGGACUUCGAGGACAAUGGUGAGGAUGAGGACAACGACCCGUAUGAAGAUGAGCUCCAGAUUAAGAUUGAGUACGAGGUGGAGUCCUAGGACAAAGACAAGCCUUGGGCCUAUGAGACUCUUCCUCGAUGCCUUCAGAGGAGGAGGUGGCAGCAGCAUCCUGUGAAAUCACAUCCUCCACGGCCAGCUUAUCAAAAGGUCACUGCUAGGGCCCCUUGACACAAUCGGGGCCUUCUGCCCUGUUCUCCUUAUCAGGUGGGGACACUGGGGCAGCCACCGUGCAGAGUGGGUCUGCAGUGCUCCUGAGCCGCCUCCACUCAGGCGUGGCAAACCCACUCCUUCGUGGGUCAUCUGGGUCCUGGGGGUGGCGUGGUUCCUCUUUUGGGGGAUGGGCUAGGAUCUGUCAGCAUGGACUGCCUCGGAUCACUUCUGGUUGCCGGGAGCCUGGAAACCGGGCCAUCCCGAGAUGCUGCAGGAGGUCCCACGCAGCGCCGGACCGUGCAGCCUUCCGAACCGGUCCAGCCAACUCUGCUCCCUUCUCAGCCCUGCUGUCCUCACAGUCCACUCGCUGUCCAGGAGACGAAGCACCGUGAGAGCAGCAACCGUGCACCUUUGUCUUUCUCAUCGCUCUCUCCCGAGCUCUCAGUUCCUGGCACAGAGAAGACACCCCCACAGCACGUCUCUCCUCCACUGGGCCGACUAUAGGGCCGAGGGUUGCAGCCAGGGCUCCAACCCUUACCCCAUUCUCACCGUUUCCUCACCCCACCCCCACCCUACCAUCUGUAGGAUCUUCGGGGGUGGCCAUGGGGGAACUUGUCUUCCGGUUCUGAGAGUCACAGGAGUUUUCACUACGGAAGCCCCUCCCCCACAGCCAUGUAGCACUUUUUCCUGCCUGAGGCCUCACGCUCUCUCUGGCUUUAGAUUUAAAUAAAUUCAUUUCUGUUGUUUGCAACUAA